CGAUAUUUCCACCACAGCCGAUAAUCGGGGAACUGGUCUGGGAGUGCCCGAGUCCAGGACUGAAGCGAGGUGAUCUUUCCGAUGGUCUAUUCUUAGUUAAUAUUCCGAUGGAAUGAAAUUAAGAGUGAAUCAUCGGGACCAGCCAGCCGGCUAAGGUCUUUACCGCGCGUCCACGGGCAGCAGGCGGUGGAGCGGGGCAGAAGCUGCAAGCGGACCAGCGCAUCGACGCGGCAAAGCAGCAGACCCGUUGCGACAAGCCGAUGGAAGUUGGUCAUGGUCUCGCCGGCCAUGGAUCUGCGGAACCUCUUGGGACUCUCCCUUCCUGUUAGUCGCCUGCCAUUGCAGUACGGUGUAUACUCGCUGCGGAGUGUCUCGUCUCCAUGCACUGUGAGCGACGCGCGCUACCCGACUACCUCUAGAGCGGCUUCACGGCACUAGAAGACCUCAACUUAACCCCCCUUUUUCAAAUCGAGCUAUGGGUCUCGCUAUUAUGGUCUUGUUGCCCGUAACUUGACUCUGAUCAGUCCAUUCGAUCCCGUCGCGACCUUCUCCGGAUCACGGGUUGUAUACCUUCGGAAACUGCUUCGUCUGCACCAUGCAACAACCCGGGCCCCGCCGAAAAAUCGACCCGGAUGCAUCUCUGGUACUUGUUGGCAUUCGGGGCUGUGGCAAGCGCUCAAUGGGGUUUGUCGCUGCCACGGCCUUGAAACGACGCUUCAUCACCGAAGACCAUUAUUUUAAGCAGGUUACCGGGCUCACGCGACAUGAGUACCUCAAGCGGUAUGGAAGCCAGGAGUUCCAACAUCGGGAUAUCGAAGUCCUGAAGAUGAUGCUGGAUAAUCACCGCUCGCAUUGUGUUAUUGAGUGUGGGUUGGCAAGCCUCACACGCCCCGUUCAGGAGUACCUCCGUCAAUUCUCCGCCACCAACCCGGUAGUUUACCUUGUCCGCGACAUGGACCGCAUACAACGCCUGCUCGGUCUGGAGGACCAGUCUGCGAAGUUGCUGUGCGAGUCAGACCCUCUACAUCGAACCUGCUCCAAUUUCGAGUUCUACAACAUUGAAGAUCGGUCCAGCGUAUCUUCCCAGGCCGAAGAAGAAACUCCGGACCGGCGAUCCGUCGAUUACUCGUUCAAACUCAAGGAGGCCAAGGAAGAUUUCACCCGGUUUGUUCGAUUUAUCACGGGGACAGAUUUGGGCCACUCUGGAUAUGAUUCGCCUUUUGUGCUUCUGGAAACACCCCCGGAACGUCGGUCUUUCACACACGCCAUCUUCGUCCGAUCCUCCGAGCUCAUAGAUGGUGCUGUUGAUUUGUGUGGGCUCGAGUCAGGAGGAGAUGCAAUUGAACUCUGCGUUGAUCGAUGGAAUUCGGGGAUGGCGAGCACCGUCAGCAAACAAGUCUCGUUGCUUCGGAGAAGUGCUCGAGUUCCCAUCGUUCUUUCCAUCGACAUUGCGUCAUCUGGGGUCGGUGCAAGUGAUCCGUCAGUGGCGCAGCAGCGUAACACGUAUUUUGAGGUUGUGGAACACGGGUUACGACUCGGCGUGGAAUACUUGGUCGUGGAUCUAGGAUCUGACCGUGCCUUACUCGCAGAUGCAAUCAGCAGUCGAGGAACGACCAAAAUAAUAGGACAAACCAUCUUCAAGCCUUCAGCUCAUGUGACGUGGGAACAUGAGUACAACCUUUCUCAUUACCUCGAGGCCGAAAAACUAGGCUGUCAACUUGUGCGAUUUUUGCGUGUGGCUACAGAGCGCGAAGACAACGCAGCCGUUGCGAAGUUCACAACUAAGGUUCAGUCCUUGACUGGUGACCAUCCUCCUAUCAUUGCAUAUAAUAUCGGCAGUCUAGGACGAACUUCCCAGGUGUUCAAUUCAAUCCUCACCUCGGUUACCCAUCCAGCAAUCAAGCGGUCUGUAGACUACGGGACAGACCCGUUGAUCACGUCAAGAGAUGCGGUUCAGGCCUUGUUCCAAAGCUAUGUGCUGGAUCCUCUCCAGUUCUAUAUUCUUGGGGCCAGCGUAUCCUACAGUCUUUCCCCUGUCAUGUACAACGCGGCUUUCCGUCAUUGUGGGAUGAAUCAUAUGUACAGUAUCCCCGAGUCGGCCACUCUUGCCGCAUUGGACCGUCUGGGUCGAGAUCCCCAUUUUGGAGGAGCUAGUGUCGUCCAGCCGUGGAGGGUGCAGGUUUCCCAAAAGCUGGCCGCGAAAAGUCGACAUGCCGAGGCAAUCGGAGCGAUCAAUACGAUCAUGCCUUUGCGGGCGCGGGCCGAUGGAACGAUGUUUCCACUUCAGGAGCAAGCGAGUCGUCGCAACCAGGCUGGACCCGUCUUGGGUUGGUACGGAGAGAAUACGGAUUGGGUCGGCAUUAUGACAUGCAUCAAUCGGAAUCUGUCCCCACGCAAUGCUAUCAGUCCGCUUAAGACGACGGGCCUGGUGAUAGGGGCGGGCGGUAUGGGUCGCGCCGCCAUCUACGCCAUGCUCCGGCUCGGAUGCCGUAAAAUCUUCAUCUACAAUCGAACUUUGUCGCGCGCAGAAAGCGUGGCCCGUCACUUCAAUUCGUGGGCUGCAUCACAAGUAGGCUCGACGGAGGUGGUCCAUGUGUUGAAGUCAGUUCAGGAUGACUGGCCUCCAGGUGAAUGUCCUCCGUGUUUGAUUGCCUCCUGCGUGCCUGCGGACCCGGAUACGGAUGAGCCUCCGGCCGACUUUGAAAUGCCGAUGCAGUGGUUGGGAAGCCCGACCGGAGGUGUUGUGUUGGAGUUUGCAUACAAACCGCUCGACACACCAUUGCUGCGGCAGAUGCGUCGCAUUCGGAGCGAGACCGGUCGCCCGUGGGUUCUAGUUGAUGGACUUGACAAUGUCUCGGAGCAAGCAAUCGCGCAAUUUGAACUGUUAACCGGACGGAAAGCACCACGCCGUCUUAUGACGUCCGAGGCUCUUCGCAAUUACGUUGGUGAAAAUGGGCGCUUUGAUGAGAAGACGAUACAAGCACGUCUCGAUGGCGUUCGUUAAUGAGUGAGGGCAGUGUGGUAUAAUGAAUAGAUACAGAUAUGGAUCUAGUAGUAUCUAGUACACACAUGUAUAUACCAAUCGAAAUGAAUCAGCGGGU